UCAGUGCAGGAGGCACCGAUCAGGGCGGCAGCUGAAAUGUGGCCCGACAGGUCUGAUGGGAACUCAGAGACACACAGAGAGAGUGAGAGAGAGCCUGGGAGGUUGCUGAGUGACAGACAAGCCUGUCAGCCAGGUGUAUUUAGAAGCAGUCUGGCCAGAAUUAAAACAAUGACAUAGUUGUGUUUGUGUUGCUGAGUAGGGAACUGGUUUACACCUCAUCAUUUCACUGGCCGAGGAGGAAACCUCAGGGGCUCCUGUGGACUCCCACCACCACCACCACCACCAGCGACAGCAGACGUGACAGGGUGGAAUUUCCCCUCCUCUUCUCUGGCUGGAGCCGCGGGCAGAUGGUCGCUCUGAGAGUUUGAGCAGAACUCAGGAAGGAGAGUGAGAGGAAGGGUGGGAGGAGGUCCAGAGAGGGAGAGGAAGAGAAGCGAGGAGUGGACAGAAGCGGAGACAUGCGUCGCUACGGUUCAGGACGAACUGUUGCCACCACCACUGCCACCACAACAACAGAGGACUCCCCAGAGUCUUCAAGUGAGAGGAGGAUCAGGCGCCUCAGGUUAACUCUACAUGCUGGGGACAAUGAAAACAAGGAGCCAAAAACUGCAGACUCAGACACAACUGAGAGCGAGAAAGAUGUCAGCGGGGCAUGGAAGAAGAAGAAUGGACUCAUCCAAAGAGAGAGGCCAGCUGGCAGGGAGUCACCUCAGCAGCACCUCGGAGACAUAACCAAUGGGGCGCCAGAGACCUCUCUGCAGCAUCAUGGGCCUAAAGUGUACGGCAUUGUGCAGAGGACGGGCUCGGACAGACAGCAGCAGGUGAUGGCUCGUGAGUGGACGGUCAGUCACCUUCAGGAUGAGAUGAAGUACAUCAGGGAGGUGAGAGACUCUUUGGAAAAGGUGAGAGAGCGGAUGUACGGGCAGUUUGGAGGAAUGCAGCAAUCAAUGCAGAAGCUUUCGCAAGAACUCGUGGCUGCCAAUGCACAUCAGAGGAGUCUGGAGUCGGAGGUGAGGAUCCGGACGUCAGCCAUGGAGAGCUUUGAUCAGAUGAACAGCUCUCUGAUAGCUGCCAACAUUGGUCUGCAGAAAUCCCUUCUGGCGAACUGUCAGAGCAGAGUGGACAGGAGAGAAGAACUGAAGACGUUGAGGGGCACCUGUGAGAAAGCACAAGAAAAACUCAGAGAUACGGAGCUGGAGCUGGCUGCUGCCCAGGCUGAAAACCAGACUUUGAGACUACAGGUGGAGUCUUCACAGGAGGCCCACACUCAGGCGCUGCAGGAGCUGUCAGCUAAACUACAGCAGGAGUACGAGGAAAAACUGCAGGAGGAACAACGGAAACACAGAGAGGAGAUUGAAAAACUGCAGGCCCAACUCGAUGAGUACAUCAGGAGGUUAGAGGAAGCAGAGAGAAACAUCAGGACUGCGGAGGCCAAGAUUGCUGAGAGGGACCAGAGGAUCGUUGAAGUGGAGCGUCUGCUGGACUGCAUGGGAAAGGAAAAGAGUCAACUCCAAAAGAAGCUGCAGGAAUGUGAACAGCGUCUACGCUUGUUGGAGCUGACAGACACGACCGAUGCAACUGUAGCCAAAAGGUCCAAAGAUCUGCAGUCUGAAUCUGUGGAUCUCCGUGAGAGGAUCAAGCACUUGAACGACAUGGUGUUCUGCCAGCAGAGGAAGGUCAAAGGAAUGAUCGAAGAGGUUGAAUCACUGCGAGCUCAAGUCGCUCAGAAAGACAUGUUCAUCUCGGAGCUUCUGGACAGAAUUGCAAUAGUGGAGUGUGAGAAUAAUGAAUUAGAAGACAAGCUCAACUAUUUUAUGUCCAUACAGAAUAGGCCGCGAGAGGUUUUAAAAACCAGGGAGAUAGGAGUGGGCUGUGAUCUGCUCCCCAGAAGUGAAGCACAAAGGCAUGAUGUUGAACCUCAAUGUGAACCAAGUCAUCUCCAUCCCAUACAACACCCCCCACCACCCCUUCAUCCACCAUCACUAGUGAAACCUCCAUCACCCACUCAGCCUCCAUCCCCCCCACGACCUCUUUCCCCUGUACAACCUUCAUCUCCAACACAACCUUCAUCCCCCAUACAAUCCUCAUCGCCCACAUCUCCUUCUCAAAAUCCAUUCCUGUACCUGACCUUACCCACCCAACCAAGGACAUUUAAGGCUAGUAACCCUCCACCCAGCAGGCUGGAGUCCAGUUUACUGAGGUACACUCCUCUCGAAUACAGCCGCAUCCUGCACUCCAGCCCCUUAGCGCAGAGCGGGGUGCUCUCCUGCACCCCUUCAUCUGAAUCUGACCCUCCUGCGAGCGCAGCCCAAUCUGGGAGAGAUGAGGUGGAUGGAGAAACAAGUACAGACACGCAAUCAGGUGCAGAGGAAUUCGCUUCAUCCCUUUCCUCUGCCCAGCCAAGAUCAAGAGCCCCUCAAGUUUAUUCGCCGUUUAUGAAGCUUAUGGAAUUAACAGCAAAGAUAAACAUAGAUCCAUCCUGAAGUUAGAAUUUUAUGGAGUCACUGUCAUUUUUGGUUGUAAAUAUGAAGUUACAUAUUUACAAUCCAGUCCUGAGAGUGGCAUUUAUCAUUUAUUAUAACCAGCAAGAACAGCUCCUACGAUGUUGAAGUAUUCCUUUAAAACUCUGUUGUCUUCAGUCUUAUACCUAUUUACUGCUGGUGGUUUCCAUUAUUAUCUCAUUUUUUGAACAAUCAAAAUUGGCACAUGCACAUCAGUUAUGUGUUGCAGAAUAUGAUUCUGGUUUAUGAUGUUAAAGGUUUUUUGGAGUUUUUCAUCCUGUGUUUGCAUGUAGCACUAUUCAUGAUGAGAAAAUGUUUCUUGCUCUUGGGUGUAAAUAAUCUGAUGCUCUGUAAAAUAAUUGUAAAUAAUAUGCUGAAGGAUUAUAUUUGUUUUGUUUACAGGUGAUAUAGCCCAUUUAUGUUGCUCAGUGAGCUAUUUGCAAUCAGUCCUAUAUGAGGCCGAUGAGGUUAUUGUUUUUAUUUUCCUAUUAUUUUAUAUUGGCUCUGUACAAUUUUAAUGAAUAUUAUUUUCUUAUCGUCACAUGAUGUACAAAAUAUUUAUUUACACGCUUUGUGCCUUUGUAAACAGUAUAUUUGAUACUGGUGAUGGAAAUUAAUCUCUUUAAAUUGGCAACAGGGUAAUAUAAUAAUAUAAUAUAAAGCACAUUGCUGUGAUGAUCUGUGGUAAAACUGUUCAAUCACUUUAAAUGUAACGACCUCGUUAGGGUGACUGCCAUUCCUGAGCCACAGGCGCAAGUAUUAUCCAGCUGUUGUCUGCACUGCCACAACUGUGUUUGAAAAACCUUUAUGAGGUGCCUUUUCCUUAUCGAUACAUAUCAUACUACGACACAACGGCCAGCAUAUGUUUGGAUAAUAAAGACUUCACUGGAUGAGCAACAUUUUCUAAAGCCUGAAGCCGUGUGUCUACUUCACUACUACUGCGGGGUGUGGGUUCAGUGAAUUCUCAGAUCUGGUGUUGCAUUGCGUUUACACUAUUUUUAUGUAGGUUUGAUUAUGCAAACCUCUAGCUGACAAGAAAUAACUCAGCUUUUUCACUGAAUUGUAUAUUUGUUACAUUUCUUGAAAUUUUCAUAUGUGCAGAGUAAGGCAAUACAUGGUGUUAAGGCAAUUGUUGGUAACAGUGAUGAUGCAAACAAAUCUGUAGAUUUGCCAAUAAGUUUUCAGUGUCUCCAAAGUUGGCAAUCAUUAAGACAAAAAGGUGAAAUUGGACAUUUGACAAAAUUAUGAUCAGGAUUUGAAGAACUUGAACAUCUAGAGUGUGCAGUCACAAGUUCAUAAGUCAUAUUAAUCAAAGCACAUCUAUGCAUGUAAUAAGGAAGAGAAAGUUGCAACCUUAUGAAUCAAAAGAAAAAUAUAUUUUUGGAUAAAGUCUGUAGAGAUUGUUUUCCAGCUGUACAGCUACAGCCAAAAGUUAAACUGUCUUUGAACUCUAAGAGGGAACGGAAAGGACACAGCUGUAACCUCAUGGUUGAAGCUGGGUCAUUGUUCAUUGAGCUGUGUGAGAAACUGGUUGGCACAGGGUUUGGGAAACAUCUGCAUGGGAAAUG